GGUGGUUCAGUCCAUUUUCCUUGCAGAGAAACAUUUCCUUUCCCUGCCUGUGUCUGCCGUUCGGUUCCCCGCUGUGGCAGCCGCGCAGUGCGGGCAGUAGGCACCCUCCCGCGCGAUGGGAUGAGACGCGAUGGGAUGCGGGGCGCGCCGUGGCCCGGCGGAGCCCUGUGGCUCCCUCCCCACCUGCCCGCCGGGUGGUACAGUCUGCAGAGGGACUCCUGUAAUGUACCGCAGCUCGCCCAGCCCGCGCAGAUGCCGAACCGCGAUUACUCCGCUGUGUAAUUGAAAUCCGUUCGGAUUUGUGAUGAUAUCUUAGCCAAGUCCAGAGGAAGAAAUGACCAUGUAGAUUCUACAGCUUGGGUGCAGCAUAAUGGGCAAUGGUGAAUGGAGUGGAGCUGGUCUGCAGCCUUGAAAGCAGCCGUCCUGCAGACCACUAGCCAGUCAGGGACACCUUGCACGCCAGAGGCAUCCUCCACGUCCUUGCCGGACACAUACUGGAUUCUUUUUAAUUUCUCCGAUUGGAAUUCAAGAUUCCUUUCCUUCAAUUUUUAAACAGUUUUAAGAUUCUAUCAACUGUAACGAGUGGAGCAAUAUAAUCAGCAACAAUGGGUGACAUGACAAAUAGCGAUUUUUAUUCCAAGAACCAAAGAAAUGAGGCCAACCAUGCAGGAGAGUUUGGAUGCACACUGCAAGAACUGCGCUCCCUCAUGGAACUUCGAGGGACAGAAGCAGUAGUAAAAAUUAAAGAGACAUAUGGGGAAACAGAGGGGCUCUGCAGACAUCUGAAGACAUCACCAACAGAAGGAUUAGCUGGCACUGCUGCAGACCUAGAAAAAAGAAAGCUUAUUUUUGGAAAAAAUUUUAUACCUCCAAAGAAGCCAAAAACAUUCUUACAGCUAGUCUGGGAAGCCUUGCAGGAUGUGACUCUUAUAAUCUUGGAAAUUGCAGCCAUCAUAUCUUUGGGACUUUCGUUUUAUCAGCCGCCUGGAGAAGGGAAUGAAGGAUGUGGUACUGCAACAGGAGGAGCUGAAGAUGAAGGUGAGGCUGAAGCUGGCUGGAUUGAAGGUGCUGCCAUCCUACUCUCUGUUAUCUGUGUUGUGCUUGUCACUGCCUUCAAUGACUGGAGCAAGGAGAAGCAGUUUCGUGGGCUUCAAAGUCGUAUUGAGCAAGAACAGAAAUUUACUGUUGUGCGAGGUGGACAGGUUAUCCAGAUCCCAGUGGCAGAGAUAGUAGUUGGUGACAUUGCACAGGUGAAAUAUGGUGACCUUCUACCUGCUGAUGGGAUAUUUAUUCAAGGAAAUGAUCUUAAAAUCGAUGAGAGCUCUUUAACUGGAGAGUCAGACCAAGUCCGCAAGUCUGUUGACAAAGACCCAAUGCUCCUGUCAGGUACUCACGUCAUGGAAGGCUCUGGACGGAUGCUGGUAACUGCUGUGGGUGUGAAUUCUCAGACAGGCAUCAUCUUCACCCUGCUAGGGGCUGGAGGAGAAGAAGAAGAAAAGAAAGAUAAGAAAGAUUCUUCCCAUCCCUCCUCCCACCCUCCUUCAGCUACAGAUGGUGCAGCAGGUGCAAAUGCCACUGGUAAUGCAAAUGCCAGCUUAGUCAAUGGCAAAAUGCAGGAUGGGAAUAUGGAGAACAGCCAGAACAAAGCCAAGCAGCAGGAUGGGGCUGCUGCCAUGGAGAUGCAGCCGCUGAAGAGUGCAGAAGGGGGAGAGGGAGAUGACAAAGACAAGAAGAAAUCCAACAUGCACAAGAAGGAAAAAUCUGUUCUUCAGGGAAAGCUGACCAAGCUGGCAGUCCAGAUAGGCAAAGCAGGUUUGGUGAUGUCUGCCAUCACUGUAAUAAUCUUGGUACUAUAUUUUGCCAUUGACACGUUUGUGGUCAACAAGAAGCAGUGGUUGCCUGAGUGCACUCCUGUCUAUGUUCAGUAUUUUGUUAAAUUCUUCAUUAUUGGGGUUACUGUACUUGUGGUUGCCGUUCCUGAGGGACUUCCACUUGCUGUCACUAUUUCUCUGGCUUACUCUGUAAAGAAAAUGAUGAAGGAUAACAACCUGGUCCGCCACUUAGAUGCUUGUGAAACUAUGGGUAAUGCUACAGCCAUCUGCUCCGACAAAACAGGGACACUGACGACCAACCGGAUGACAGUGGUCCAAGCCUACGUUGGGGAUGUCCACUACAAAGAGAUCCCUGACCCAGACUCCAUACCCGCCAAAACCCUCGAACUGCUGGUUAACGCAAUUGCUAUCAACAGUGCUUACACUACAAAGAUCCUGCCACCAGAGAAAGAGGGUGGCCUGCCUCGCCAGGUCGGCAAUAAGACGGAGUGUGGGCUCUUGGGAUUUGUCCUGGAUUUAAAGCAGGAUUAUGAGCCUGUUCGAAACCUCAUCCCCGAGGAGAAGCUCUAUAAAGUUUACACCUUCAACUCUGUGAGAAAGUCAAUGAGUACUGUCAUUAAAAUGCCAGAUGGCAGUUUCCGAAUGUACAGCAAAGGAGCCUCUGAAAUCGUGCUGAAGAAAUGUUCCAGGAUCCUCAAUGCAGCUGGUGAACCUCGGAUCUUCAGACCCCGUGACCGAGAUGAAAUGGUGAAGAAAGUGAUAGAACCCAUGGCCUGCGAUGGGCUGAGAACCAUCUGUGUUGCCUUCCGAGACUUCAGCAGCAGCCCAGAGCCUGACUGGGACAAUGAAAAUGACAUAUUGUCUGACCUGACCUGCAUUUGUGUUGUUGGCAUUGAAGACCCAGUAAGGCCAGAGGUCCCAGAAGCCAUAAGAAAGUGCCAGCGAGCUGGAAUUACAGUCCGCAUGGUCACUGGAGACAACAUCAACACAGCACGUGCCAUUGCCAUAAAAUGUGGAAUCAUUCAUCCAGGAGAAGACUUUCUCUGCCUUGAAGGGAAAGAGUUCAACAGAAGGAUCCGAAAUGAGAAAGGAGAGAUUGAGCAAGAAAGGAUCGACAAAAUCUGGCCAAAGCUUCGGGUGCUUGCUCGCUCAUCUCCCACUGACAAACACACUUUGGUCAAAGGUAUUAUUGACAGCACCCAGGUGGAGCAGAGGCAGGUUGUAGCUGUGACUGGUGAUGGAACCAACGAUGGACCAGCACUUAAAAAAGCUGAUGUUGGCUUUGCAAUGGGUAUUGCUGGAACAGAUGUGGCAAAGGAAGCCUCAGACAUCAUCCUGACAGAUGACAACUUCAGUAGCAUUGUGAAGGCUGUAAUGUGGGGACGCAAUGUCUAUGACAGUAUCUCCAAGUUCCUGCAGUUCCAGCUCACUGUUAACAUUGUGGCUGUCAUUGUGGCUUUCACUGGAGCAUGCAUUACCCAGGACUCUCCUCUGAAAGCCGUGCAGAUGCUGUGGGUCAAUCUCAUUAUGGACACCUUUGCCUCCCUUGCUUUGGCCACUGAACCUCCCACUGAGGCUCUGUUGCUGAGAAAGCCAUAUGGCAGGAACAAGCCUCUUAUAUCCCGUACCAUGAUGAAGAACAUCCUGGGCCACGCUGUGUAUCAGCUCACUCUCAUAUUUACACUUCUUUUUGUCGGUGAGAAAAUGUUCAAGAUUGACAGUGGGAGGAAUGCACCCCUUCACUCUCCUCCUUCAGAGCACUACACCAUUAUCUUCAAUACCUUCGUCAUGAUGCAGCUUUUCAAUGAAAUCAACGCACGGAAAAUCCAUGGUGAAAGGAACGUCUUUGAUGGCAUCUUCAGAAAUCCUAUUUUUUGCACUAUUGUAUUGGGUACAUUUGCUAUUCAGAUAGUAAUUGUCCAGUUUGGAGGAAAACCAUUUAGCUGUUCCCCCCUGCAGCUUGACCAGUGGAUGUGGUGUGUAUUUAUUGGACUAGGAGAACUUGUAUGGGGUCAGGUCAUUGCAACCAUCCCAACAAGUAGGCUAAAGUUUUUAAAGGAGGCAGGGAGGCUCACUGAGAAGGAGGAAGCCCCCGAGGAAGAACUCAAUGAAGAUGUUGAAGAAAUUGAUCAUGCAGAGAGAGAACUUCGACGUGGACAAAUUCUGUGGUUCAGAGGGCUCAACAGAAUCCAAACCCAGAUCGAAGUAGUCAAUACUUUCAAGAGUGGCACUUCCUUUCAGGGGGCUCUAAGGAGACAGUCCUCCGUCACAAGCCAGACCCAGGAUAUCCGCGUCGUGAAGGCAUUCCGUAGCUCUCUCUAUGAAGGUUUAGAAAAACCAGAAUCUAGAACCUCUAUUCACAACUUUAUGACUCAUCCUGAAUUUAGGAUAGAAGAUUCCCAGCCCCACAUCCCACUCAUUGAUGACACAGACCUAGAAGAAGACUCUGCUCUCAAGAAAAACUCGAGUCCACCGUCUUCGCUGAACAAGAACAACAGUGCUAUCGACAGUGGAAUAAAUCUUACAACUGAUACAAGUAAAUCAGCUACCUCUUCUAGUCCAGGAAGCCCAAUACAUAGCCUGGAGACAUCACUUUAGCUGAAAAGGUCACUGCAAAAAAAAAAAAAAAAAAAAAAAAGAGGAAAAGAAAAGAAAAAAAAGAAGUAAAAUAAAAUAACAACCCCCACAGCAACCGAAAUAUAUAAAUAUAUAUAUUAAAAACAAUGCUGGCUGAAAAGCUGUUUGAACUCUAGUUCACUCUGAGGCAAGUGAAUGAAUUGUUGAUCACAAUGGUUUUGGGGAAAGAAUGAAUGGCUGAUUUACAUAGCCCCCCCCCACCCCCCCUUGUUCCCUGUCAGACAAACAAAACCACCCCUCCUGCAUGAACGUACUGUACACUUCUGGCCCUUCUUUCUCUCCUUUGGUUUCUUUUUCUUCCCUUUUGUUUUUUCCUCCUUAAGCAGGAACUGCAGAGGACUUCUUUCUGAGGCUAUUUAUCCAAUUCACUGGUCUGUGAGUUUUUUGAAAUGCUUGUGUGGCAUGGACUCAAUUGUAUAGAUUAAUUUAAAUAACUUUUUUGAAGUUGCAAAGCUUAACUUGCACAGUAGAUUUGCACCAGUUGGACAGAGGAACGUAAACAUUUAUGAGACUAUAUAUAGAGAUAUAUACAUAUAAGUAUAUACAUAAUUAAUUAUAUAUAUGUAUAUAUCUAUCUAUAUAUAAAUAGUUAUAUAUAUAAAGUUUCUUUGUUGGCAUGUUGCCUUGUUUCUGCUCAAAUUGCUCUGACUAUUUUAACUUAUUUAUGUCCUAAAAAAAAGAAUGUAAUUUGUUUACAAACCUGUAGAUAAUAUCCUUAACUAUUUGUAGGAUUAAGAAAGCACUUCCUGCCGAAGUAGUAUAAAACUGGCUCAGCUCAGCUCAUUGAAAAUGUCUGUAAUAUCGCACCCUGGAUAUUUUAUUACAACCGUGCUCUGAUUUCUGCCUGAUUUUUUUUUUUCUUGGGUGUUAAAUAAUGUAGAUACUGCUAGUAGAUAACAAAAGAAGCCAAAAUAUAACACAUUGGAUGUAGCAUUGUGAUCCUGUAUACAGGGAGGUAAACCAGGAUUCCUUUGUUUCAAAUAAAAAUCAAAAUUAUCAGGUUGUCUCUUCCCCCCAGUAAUAUGCUUGACUUUGUUUUGGUGCAACAUACACUAAAGGAGGCUGUUUCAUUCUUUUAACAUAUGGCAAUGGCUUCCAAAACUAUUUUUAGAGAGAUAUUAUAUGAGUUUAUAAAUAUAAUAAGUUAUAUUUGGGUUGUCUAUAUGGAGAUAAAAACUAAUGUUAAAAUAUUGUGAUAUAUUGUGUUAAUCCCUUUCAGUUAGUACUUUAGGCAUUGAUUUCCUUACUACUUGCAAAGUAUGGGCUGUUGGCAUUUUGGAUGAGAAUCACUGUAGGUUGUUGCUUUGAUUUUGUUUAAAGGAACAAUAUAAUUUCUGCACUAUUAGGCCUGAAUGAAACUUUAUUAAUUGUAUAUUGAGUUGUGCUUUGUCUGAUUUUUUGUUUUUUUAACUGAGCUUGUCUUCCUGUAGUCUCAAGGUAUCACUGUAACACAGUCCUGUGUUAUUGUACCUUGAGCUUUCUACGAAGAAAGCUGUUUAGAAAACCUGCAGUAUGGAGGGUAAAAAAGGAUUUCUCAAGAUGGUAACAGCCCUGAUAACAUAAAACUUACGAGCUUCUAUAAUUGCUUUGUCAACCACUUGAAUGCUAAGCACUUUGUGGAUCACAGAUUUUUCAUAAGUAAUUUUUGUAUUUAAUAUAAAGUUUGCUUGGAGACUUUUCAGCAUAUGAUCUUUUUCCGUAACUGUACAGUGCAAAAGACAUUUUGAAUUACACAAUUGAUUAUGCCAGAUGUGUUGAAAAACACUCUCAAACUAGCUUGAUAAAUUGAUUUGUUAAGGUCUUACUGGUUGUCUUAGAGUUGGCUCGUAAAGUGGUGCAUCUCUGCAGUCACAAGCACUAAACCAAGACAGAACUCUCCAAAACAAGAUUAGACUCAUGGCCAAACUGCAGACUGAAGUGACUAAAACGUUUUCAGGGUGCAUCAAGACUAUUCAGCCAGGUAACGCUCUAAUCAGCUUGACUUGCCAGCUUCCGGACUCUUGUGUAGAAGCUUGAAUGUUUUUUGGCUCAAAGUCUUAGUUCGCUAUCUGAUCCAAACCUUUCACUCAACAGCAGAACAGGUCUUUGGAGGCAUAUACAACUCUCUCUUCAACACAUAGUGUGACCCGUUUCUUAACAAUAAAAAGCUAGCAUGGAAACAUAAUUAUUUAGCUAACUCCUAGCAACAAAGUGAUUGAAACUCAGUCAGGAUUGUUCGCUUUGUAAAUAUGGUGAUUAACCUUUGUAUAACAUGUAUUGGGUUUCUAUGGCCUAUUUGGGAUAUCAUAUUCAGAAGAAAAAAAAAAAGUGUUAUCUAUUUACAGGGAAGCCUCUAGCUUUGGACUUGAACAUCUACAGAAGCUACUAAUACUGGAACAAUUUACUUUCAGCAUCUUCACACUGACUGUUUGCCUUUUUAUUUCCAAACACUCUUUAUGUUUUCUCUUGGUUUCAUUUGUCUUUUAAUUCUCCUGUAGGAGUACCCCUCCCUAAGGUACCAUUUGCAGACUUGAAAACUGUUAAGACAAUGAACACUGCAUUCUGUGUAUAUAUAGUAAAACAUAUAUAAACUGAGAUGCAUAGAAAACUUGGGCUUUUGUGAGCAGAGACUGUGCUUUAUGUAUAUGAUAAAUGAUAGAUUUUUUUUUUUUAAAGCAGAAUAGCUAUGACCUUUCAACUACAAGUCGUGCAUCACAAUUCCUUUCUUUUAUUGCUUGACCUCUCUGUGAUGGGAACAAUGGAUCAAAAACCAAAAUGAUCAGUUUGUUAAAAUUCCCUGCAAUAUAUAAAUGCUCGCUCUCUACGUACUGUAUUUAGCAGCAUGAGAUUUGUGGACAACAAUACAGUGGUACAUUGGCAAUCCAUCCCACUAGGGGUUAUUAAUAUAUGUUCAUUCAUCUGUUUUUAUGAAUUUUUUUAUCUAGACAAUAAUUGUAAAUAAAGAACUUAACUCUGUCUGUUCAUUUAAUACUAUGCAAAAGGUUAUGCUUUCUAUUGUUAUUCUUAUUCCUACAGUGUGAUGCUGGAAUGUUUGUGGUUUCAAAAAACAAAAAACCAAAAAAAAAAAGACAAAAGUAAGUAAAAUAUGUGAUGUAAAUUAUUUUAUAGUUUGAAACAAAAUGAUGAAGUUUUACUCUUGCUGCUUUCUGUCUAAUAGAUCUCUCUUGGCAGGAGCACAAGUGGAAAAUUUAAAGAAAUAAAUUCACAAAGCAGCAUGAACAAUAA